AUGCUGUGUUGAAAGAAUACUAGCCGACCUAAGAAAUUCACGGUUUGCGGUAUUGUAGCAAUGGUCUCAGGAGUGUUCUUAAUUCUAAUUGCAAUUGUACUACCAAUCAUCAUUUACGGAGUCCUCAGAAGUAGUGUUCCACCACAAGUGGCUGUGUCAAGAGAAAAUGAAGACUUGUGGAGUGCACUUCCUGGAGAUGCCGAAAUUGAAAUCAUUAAGCAACACAUUGUCUAUAAUGUCACAAAUCCCGAAGAAAUUGUUUUGGAUGGAGCAAGACCAAAGAUUGUCCAGAUGGAUCCUAUUCCAUAUUUAACAGUGGAGAAUUAUCAUGACAUAAAUUACACCAAGGUCCAGAUUCCUUCUGAUCCAAAACAAAAUGAGAGAAAUGCUGCUGUCUAUAGAUAUACUUCUUCAAACCCACUUUACAAUAACACUGACGUGUUCCCAGUUCCAGAAGAUUACAAUAAAACCAUUACUGUAAUCAAUCCAACUGCUCUCGGUGUGUGGCUUAGCUUAAAACAGGCUCCUAAAUGGAGGACUCAACUCGGAGCUCUCUACUCUGUCACAGUGGACGGACUUGGAAAUUCUUUGCUAAAAACAAUCGCAUUUAACCUCAUGGUUGAUGAGAAUUUUGGAACUUCAGAAGCAGUUAAAGCCUCCUUAUGGCCAGCCUCUGAUGACGUGAGUGUUGAUGUAAACAAGGCAAAAUACAUGAGAGAAGAUAAAACCUAUGGUUUAAACAAUCCGGAUAAUGUAGCUAAAUGGGCAGCUCUUUGCUCUAUCGAUCCAGUCGAAAAAAUUGAGUUCCAGAAUGAAAUCUUCACUUAUUUCGGGCUUAGUACUAUUACUAUUAUGGAGGAAGCAACUAAUAACUUCUGAUCACUUGUCGAUUCAACUGUUGAACUGCUCACAUCAGCAUGCCCCAAAAUGGGUGACCAGAGAUGAGCACCUGCUGACUUCGCCUACUGGCAGUGGUCCUCCUCCUACUUCACUAAGCUUCCAGCCCUCGGCCUCAACAAAGAAUCUGUGUCCCAGAUCGAUACCACCGUAUUAGGAUAUCCAGAAAUCAGCUACUUCAUGUCCGACUUGCUCAACCGUCUCAAGAAAACUCCAUACGAGAAAACAUUCAACGGCAUUGACUUUGGAAGCCCAAAGAGCGGCAAAGAGUACAGCCACUUGUUCUACAUUCCACCCAAAGACUUCGAAGGUUUACUGCCUGAGUCUUCACUGUUCAACAUCGAUACAUUGGCACAUGUGUUCGGCCAGGUCGAAACAAUGCCAGACAUCUUCGACAACACCACUGUUGAAGUUGACUUCGGAGUCUACAGUGAUAUCACUGAAACGCUGCAGCUCGAAGAUGACAGAAGAACUUACUUGCUCAUGCUCUGGAUGAAGAAGAUGCUCGAGAUCACUGCCAUGAGAGCACAAGAGGGUGGAGACUACCUCAAGACCAAUCUCAACGGAGUCGCUGCAGGUGGAAUACAAGGAGCUCACAACUGGCUGUCCAGAGAGUUCCCAGCAUAUCUGUAUGGUAACCUCAUGGCUACGAGCAAUGCAAACGACUGUGAGAAGAACAUCAGGAGCUACAUCAAAGAAGUCGAAGACGAGCAGGUUCCUAGGUUCUGCAAUGACACCAAACUCGACUUGGUUUCAGCAGAGUCUUAUGGGUUCUAUGCAUCACUGUACUUCACUAGAGACCCAGACAAAAUGAACUACAUUUACGAAAGCACUGGACUCAGCGAACAAGCAAUGCAAGGCUUGUUGACUCCAGGCUACUACCUCGAGCGGAACCUCAUGACCGCCAUGAAGAAAGUCAAGAAAGUGUACGCAAGCUCGUUCUGUAAAAGGUCUGUUGGCAACUUCUGCAGUAACAGAGAACUGGGAUAUGCCCAGUGGUUCAACAACUCGAUCAGUGACAAUCCUCCGAAGCCAUUGAGUCCUACUUCUGACUUGGUAGCGUUAACCGGAGUCCGUCACUACAAGCCAGAGCUUAGGUCAUACUACGAAAGGAUCAAGGCUGAAAUGCCAGAAAUGAACUUUGACAAGGCAUGGGAAAUCAUAUCCAGCGGGGCACUGUAUAACAAUAAAUUCAUUGGAGAUAUAUUACUUGAAACAGAAUCUGAAGGUGAUCUGAAAAUCUUUAAUACUCCUGAAUUCUUAAGAUACACAAAAAUGCUAAUGAUCCAAGAAGGAAUUGGAGGACUAUUUAUUCAGAAACGAGUUAAAGAUUACAUUGAAGGAUAUGAAGAUCCACUUCUGAAACAAACUUCCUUGCAAAUGCCAGAAGAAGGAGGAGAACCCACUAUCGAUGUUAUGUCUGCAAUUAUCAAUCCUAAUGAUGCUGUACAAAAUUCUACUGGAUGUUUCUUUGUUGGAGAUGACCUCUAUAACCUGACCAGACAGCAAUGUAUGUAUGAAAAUACACAAAUGAUUGGAGGAAUUACACAAAAUAGAACUGGCAUCAGAUCUACAGAAACCUCAUUCUGGUAUCCAUGGAAGGAAAUAGUUCCCUUGCAAGGAACUGAUGCUGGAGGAUUUUCACCCUUGAUGGAUGGCCCAAAUAGACUCACAAUGUUCUCAUCUGAUGUUAUGAUGCCUGUUCAUUUCGAUUAUGAUACAAGUGAAAGUGUUCAUGGACUUUCAUCUUGGAAGUAUAAGCCAGACAAUAAUCUCAUGAAGAAUGGCACUGAAGAAGAAUCAAAUGAUGUUUACUACGCAGGAGUGCAUGGAGUACUUAAUGUUACCUCUACUUAUGGGGCACCUGCUUUUGCAUCCAAAGGAAACUACUUAGAUAUUAAUUACAACAAACAUAUGACUCCAGAAAUCUCUGAUAAAGAAGGAAAAAUCAUCGAAGCUAGUAAAGAUAAAGAUGACCUGUAUGUUGUGAUAGAGCCAUGGACUGGAGCAACUGUCAAAGCAGCCUUGAGACUCAUGAUCAACUUCAGAAUUGAGAAUGAUUACCUCUUUGAAGAAGUUGAUGAUUCGUUCUUCCUUCCAUAUGUUUAUAUCAAGAAAGAGUAUUCCCUAUCAGCCAGCCAGAUUCAUGAUGGAUUUGGUGCACUUCAGUCUGCCCUAACUGCUGUAUUGGCAAUCAGAAUCAUCGGAUAUGGGCUUGGUGCGAUUCUUCUCAUCGGAGGAGGUUUCCUAAUUUACUGGGCAAUUAAGAUUAAAAAGAAUGACGGACUCAGUGUCUAUAGCUCAGUUGAUGAUCCACAACCAGAAACUGAAUUCAAAGCUAAAGAGCCAAUGCUUAAUAACACUGAGCAUAUCACGAUUGACCAGACACGUGAUGAUUAAUCUU